AUGGACACUGCCACACUCAUCACAGUCCGACCAACAGAACCAAAAGACGCACCAGGCCUACCAGCCGUGGAGCGCUCAGCGGCUCAAGCAUUCACACAAUUCCCAGAUCUUGCAUGGAUUGCCAAUGGAGAUGUCCAAUCUACAGAAAAGCAUCUCGAACUGAUUGAGGGCGGUGCUUCAUGGGUCGCUAUCGGUUCUAAUGACGUGCCGGUUGGAUUCCUGAAUGGCAUUUUCAUCGACCAAGACCUCUAUAUUUGUGAGGUUUCAGUUCAAUCGGAAUAUCAGGGAAAGGGAAUUGGUCGGCGGCUGAUGGAGGUGGCGAGGCAACGGGCAGUCUUUUGGGGCUGCAUGUCCAUUACUCUGACCACGUUCCAAAAGAUUCCUUGGAAUGAAGGCUUCUACAAGUCUCUGGGAUUUAAGACAUUGAAUGCAUAUGAGUUGACGCCGGCGUUGUAUGAUAUUAUGAAUCAAGAGGUUGAUGCUGGUCUGCCGGCUGAGCAGAGGUGCGCAAUGCGUCUACGCUUGGCAUGA